CGAGUGCAGCACGUGUGGAAAACGACGGAGAUCAUGGUUCGUUGAUGAUUCCUCGUUUCAACGCUUACCGCGUAAGCAACCUCAACCUGUGAUCAAACCAAAAGCAUCAUCACCAAAUCCCAAACGCAUAUCAUAACAACGGGAUCGGAGGCUAAUCUAUUAGGCGCUGUUCUCUCGUCUUCUACAAAAUUUUCUGUUCGAUCUCAACCAAGGUUGUUCCUUCCACCGCCAUGAGUUUCAUCUUCGGAAAGCGAAAAACACCCGCAGAGCUUCUGCGGGAAAAUAAGAGGAUGCUGGACAAAUCAAUCAGAGAAAUUGAGCGCGAGCGGCAAGGCUUGCAAACGCAAGAGAAGAAAUUGAUUGCGGAGAUAAAGAAAAGUGCCAAACAGGGCCAGAUGGGAGCUGUUAGAGUUAUGGCAAAAGAUCUUGUUAGAACAAGGCAUCAGGUUGAGAAAUUUUAUAAGCUAAAAUCUCAGCUCCAAGGUGUAUCACUCAGAAUUCAGACUUUGAAAUCAACACAAGCAAUGGGUGAGGCUAUGAAAGGCGUGACAAAGGCCAUGGGGCAAAUGAAUAGGCAGAUGAACUUGCCAUCAUUGCAGAAAAUCAUGCAAGAAUUUGAGAGACAGAAUGAGAAGAUGGAAUUGACAUCUGAGAUGAUGGGAGAUGCAAUAGAUGAUGCUUUGGAAGGAGAAGAAGAUGAAGAGGAAACUGAAGACCUAGUUAACCAAGUUCUUGAUGAGAUUGGCAUUGACAUUAACCAAGAGCUUGUAAAUGCACCAUCAUCAGCUGUUGCUGCCCCGGCUGCAAAGACAAAGGUACCACAAGUUGAAACGACUGGGAAUGAUGAUGGAGGGAUAGAUAGUGAUUUACAGGCAAGGUUAGACAAUUUAAGAAAGAUGUAAUCUUUCCUCUAUGAUAUCAGGGACUCUAGUUUUACUGGGAAAAUUGAUGCUCAUUUGUACCAUAUAGCAUAAUUGAGAAGUUGUGCGAGGAUUUGAUGAACUCAUGGUUAUAAAAUGAUGGUUUUCUUAAAUAAAUAGUGUUGUGUAACAUGGAGUAUCCUUUGAAUUAUUUAUUUUUGUAGUAACAGUGUGUAGGUUGUGUAUCUAAUGUACAUAUCGAUUGAUAUUUUGAUGUGCACUGAUUCUCUUCGUGCAUAAAGUAAAUUGUUGUCAAAAUGGGUUUUUAA